AUGAAACUCGUAGAAGUGUUUGUCGUAGUCUGUCUGUUGGCUGUCGGCUCUAGUGCUGACUGGAUCGACAUCGAUUGGUCGCAAGUGAAACCGAUCGACGAGUUCGACCAUUACUGGCAGCGACUUCCAGCCGAAUGGCAGGCCCUUCGGUACGCCAAUCCUUCUCGUCGCAUUGUGAAUGGUGCUCCAGCGCUUGAAGGCCAGUUCCCGUAUCAGGUUGCCCUGACCAGUACCUUCCCCACUGGAACCGGGUUGUGUGGUGCCACCGUCAUCACAAACAAUUACAUCCUAACGGCGGCUCACUGUGUGGUCGGUGGAAAUGGUCAAGUAGCUUCAGGCGGAACGGCUAUUCUCGGAGCUCACGAUCGCACGAUCGUAGAAGCAUCCCAGCAGCGGAUCGCCUUCACCCAAGCCGGAAUAUUUGUCCACCCUGGCUACAAUCCUUCAACGAUCCGGAACGAUAUUGCCACCGUACGGUUGAACUCUCCUGCUGUUUUCAAUAAUCGUGUGCAGCCGAUACAUUUACCUGCCCGUUCCGAUGCUCGUACGUUCGCCGGGAUGGAAGGCACCGCUUCCGGUUUCGGCCGAACUUCCGAUGCGAGUACGGCAACCUCACCAAUCGUAAUGUUCACGCGCAAUCCGAUCCUUUCGAACGCUCAGUGCAAUUCUUUCUGGAGUACGGCCCUGGUCCAGGACCAGAAUGUGUGUCUCGAUGCGGCGGGAGGACGUUCUCCAUGCAACGGUGACUCUGGGGGUCCGCUGGCCGUGCAAGAUGGUGGCAGCAGUCUGGAGGUCGGUAUUGCCUCAUUCGUGUCGGCGGCGGGCUGUGCGUCGGGUGCUCCCUCGGUUUGGGUGCGAGUUUCUUUCUUCCGCGACUGGAUCGAGCAAAAUUCUGACUUUGUAUUCCGUCCGUGA